AUGUCUCGCCCGGGCCCAAAUUUCUCAGCUCGAACAGCCCAAGAAGAUGUUGCUCGCCUUGAUCCAACCGAGUCGGAGGCUACCGUACCUCCAGAACGUGGCCGACAUUUAUCUUGGCCUCGGACUUUAUGGUCACGGCCCCUUGGGACGUCCGCGGCGGAACCGCCAAAUAACACCCAGAGAUCAACCUUCCAAAAUCCGCUACAAGGCAUUUUCAAUAGGUUGACGCAGAAGUCUGCGGUUGAACAGGAACAACAUCAUGGUGGCCAAGCUGGUUUCGUCCCUUCCAGUGGACCUCUUCGAGACAAUAGUGCAGAUAGAAAGGACAAAUCCGCCCAUCGGCAUCGUUCGCCUGAAGAAUCAAAGAAGCUUGGUACAUUCUCAGGAGUGUUCGUACCUACCAGCUUGAACGUGCUCAGUAUUCUCAUGUUCCUCCGAUUUGGGUUUAUCUUGGGGCAAGCUGGACUGUUGGGCAUGCUCGGCCUACUGAUAAUAUCAUACCUGAUCAAUUUGGUUACUACAAUGUCUCUGUCAGCGAUUGCAACAAAUGGCACGGUCCGCGGUGGCGGCGCGUACUACCUGAUAUCCCGCUCGUUGGGCCCCGAGUUUGGAGGCUCGAUAGGGGUGGUCUUCUACCUGGGACUUGUUUUCAACACCGGCAUGAAUGCGGUCGGUCUCAUCGAUUGCUUUACUCAGAACUUUGGGACCCAGUCCGGCACGCUCGGUCACUUCUUGGAAGAAGGAUUUUGGUGGCAGUAUCUGUGGGGGACGGUGAUCCUUGUCCUCUGUACUGGAAUUUGUCUUGCAGGCAGCUCUAUAUUUGCGAGAGCUAGCAACGGCCUUCUGGUGUUGCUCCUUGUUGCUACAUUUAGCAUUCCCCUAUCUGCUGUGUUUUUGAAACCUUUCACUUCUCCAGCGGAUCACAUCGAGUUCACGGGCCUCAGUUGGCGAACCCUCCAGGAGAAUCUUAUGCCUCAAUUCACGAAAGGCGCCGCUGGAAGUCAAUUGAAGGGAAGAGAGAAUUUCCAGGACUUGUUUGGAAUUCUAUAUCCGGCGACGGGUGGCAUCUUCGCUGGAGCGAGUAUGUCCGGAGAUUUGAGGAAUCCUAGCAAGUCAAUACCGAAAGGUACACUCGCUGGACUUGCUCUGACAUUUAUUUCGUACGUGCUCGUCAUUGUGACCAUGGCUGCAUCAAUCCGUCGGCAGUCCUUCUACAAUAAUACCAACGUGAUUCAAAUCGUCAACUAUUCUGAUACAAUUAUUCUUGUCGGCGAAUUUGCCACCAGUUUCUUUUCCGCACUUAUGGGUGUCAUUGGGUCUGCCAAACUCCUUCAGGCCAUAGCCCGCGAUAGCUUACUCCCAGGCAUCAACUUCUUCGGCCGCGGUUCCAAGAAGAACGACGAGCCAAUAAAUGCAAUCGUCAUCACAUAUGUAUUCGCUCAACUCACAAUGCUGUUCGACAUCAAUCAGAUUGCGUCCUUUGUGACGAUGACAUACCUGAUGACCUUCCUCGUUACUAACUUGGCCUGCUUCCUGCUGAAGAUCGGAUCCGCUCCCAACUUCCGGCCCUCCUUUCACUACUUCAAUUGGUACACGGCUGCAACGGGGACACUCGUCAGUGGCAUCAGUAUGUUCUUUGUUGAUGGUCUGUAUGCCACCGGAUGCGUCGGUAUCCUUCUCCUUCUCUUCCUCCUGAUACACUACUCUUCACCACCCAAGGCAUGGGGCGACGUCAGCCAGAGCCUGAUCUAUCACCAAGUGCGCAAGUACUUACUCCGUCUCAAACAAGAGCAUGUUAAGUUCUGGCGACCUCAGAUUCUCUUGUUUGUCAGCGAUCUUGACCGGCAAUACAAAAUGGUCUCAUUCUGCAACUCCUUGAAGAAAGGUGCUCUGUUUGUUCUUGGCCAUGUGCUUGUUACAGACGACUUUUCGUCGGCAGUCCCGGAAGCUCGGCGGCAGCAGAGUGUCUGGACGAAGCUUGUAGAAUUCUCCAAGAUCAAAGCAUUUGUCAAUGUUGCAAUCUCCCCAGCCGCAGAGUGGGGUGUGCGAAACGUGGUUCUCAACUCUGGGCUGGGAGGCAUGAGACCAAAUAUCGUGGUAAUUGACCAAUUUCGCGAGAACCAAUCAUUAGUCGAGACCUUGUCGACUGGAUUGAAUCGACGAGAAUCCCAGAAAUCGAGACGUCGGUCGUCGCUGAGUGGGUCGCGCGAGGAACCUCAGCGGGAGUCUGACUCGCAAAACAAAGGGAUGACCUGCCAAAGCUACGUGACCAUUCUAGAGGACCUCCUUUUCAAUCUCCGAAUCAACGUUGCAGUUGCGAAAGGCUUUGAAGAUCUUGAGUUACCUGGAUCUAAUGAAAGCCCAACCAAAGAAUUCAUUGAUCUCUGGCCCAUACAGAUGUCGGCAGAGAUCGGCGCGGAUAAUGAGAGCAAGCAGAAUGUGCUCACCACGAACUUUGACACCUAUACGCUGAUCUUGCAACUGGGGUGUAUUCUCAACACUGUACCCUCAUGGAAGAAAGCCUACAGGUUGCGCGUCGCAGUGUUCGUGGAGUACGAGACAGAUGUCGACGACGAGCGAGGUCGUGUGGAAGCGCUGCUCGAAAAGCUUCGCAUUGAAGCCGAAGUCCUGGUGUUCUGGCUCGCCUGCGGGGAUAUCCAGACCUACCGCGCGAUUGUGAAUGGUGAUACAUCACCCGACUUGGCCGACACUCGCGACCAUGUUUACUCUGCCCUGAAAGACGAGGAGUGGUGGCAAAGUCUUCAGAUGGCGCGCAACGCGCCCCGGCACUCCUCCGCGCAGAGUCAGGAUGUCGAGGAAAUGCCACGAUUUGAUCGGACGUCGACAUGGCAAGGUCCCGGAAGCCUGGAGAGUGAGAACAAACAUUUGAAGCAACGGGUCAAAGGCCUGAGAGAGCUCAUCCAGCGCCGCAGACGGUCAGUCUCGAGCUUUAGAACACUGGGCAAUGUCAACCUGGGUAUGAAAACCCAUCAUCUGCUGGAUGCCUUUGUCGAUUACGACGCAGACAAUGCGUCUAGCGAGAGCAGCGACGACAGUGACAUUGAACCCUAUGUCAGUGACUCUGAUGUUGACGAAGCUGAUGACGAGCGGGAGGAAGGCGAUGAUGGCGACAGCAUCGGAGCAGGCAAUGCGUCGUCCCCUGAACGUCCGCGGAUUUCGCUCGGGGAUCGAAGCGAAGGCAUGGACAGGCGUUCGAGUAGCCCAGGCGUUAGCCCUUCUUCACGACCUCCAGUACGAUCUAGCCUGACAAGUAGCCUCCUCCCAAAAUCCGACCAGCUCAUUCCUCCACCUGUUGCGUCUGGGAACACGUCAACCGCAAAAUCCGGGACUCCUGGAGCUCGUCCCCAGGCCAGCCGGUCCGCCUCCAGCAAGCGCUUCAGCUCUGCUCCUAUCCCCGAGGCGCAGGUUGUCGCCGAAGAAGGCGCGGGACCAUCCAUCAUGUUCGCAUCCACUGCGUCUCCCCCUCGACCUUCACAAAAACUUGACUCAAUCUACGCUCGGCGUUCAUCGCCUGCGUCUUCAGUGCCUGCCGUUGCGCAGAGUAAUGCAAGCGCGUCUGGGUUUCCAGGACCGGCUUCUGUUUCACUAUCAUUCAAUGAUCUUCCCAGCCGGGCACAGCAUCUGAUCUUGAAUGAGCUUAUGCGACGACACAGUGAUCAGACGGCGGUCAUUUUCACCACGCUCCCCACUCCGACCCAUGGGACCCUGCAAAGGGAAGAGGAGAGUGCAUCGUACCUCAGUGAUCUCGAGGUGCUGUGGCAGGGGUUGCCACCGUGUCUGCUUGUGCAUAGCAAUAGUAUGACCGUGACGAUGAAUCUGUAA